AUGGGUGCUAAAAGAGAUAUAGUAGCGGAUUAUUACGAUGUUUUCAAUAAUGAAGUUAAGCAGUUUCUCCAGCCUGGAGUGGAUCAUGAAUUAAAAGGGUCACGUAUUCAUGCUGACAGUAAAGUUAGAUGCUUAGAGGAUCCUGAGGAGGAAGAAGAGGGAGAAGAAGAUGGCGAGAGCGAAUUGAGUUCCACUGGAUAUAACUCUGCGAGUGGUAUUGAAAGUGGUAGUGACGGCGGCGACAAUAAUGAUAGCCAAGAUAGUAGUAGUGAAAGUGACAGCAGGUAUGUCACCGCUGAAGAGAGUGCAGAUGAAAAUGAAUUGACUUCUAAGGAAUCACAGAAUUUUAUACUAGGUACUUAUUGGUCUAGUCGUGAGAAAUCGACCUUUUUUCACUGUCUAUCAAGAUAUUCCAUCCACAGACUUGAUGAAUGGCAUGCAAGACUACCGUCUAAAUCUAAAUUUGAAAUUUUGUUGUAUUAUAAAGUGUUAAAAACCAACUUAAUGGAAUUGCAAAGACGCAAUCUGCUCGGUAGUUUGGUACCCAACGAAGAUUUCCCCAUUGCAUAUGAAAUGGAUGAAUUUUACAUGGAAUGGGAAGAGUUUAUGAGUCGUCAAGUGAGAAUUGAAUACGAGAAACCAAUUGCUCAUAAUAAGGAUAAUAGCGAUGAUACCAAUAAUGAAGAUGAAGAUGAGGAUGAGGAUGAAGACGAAGAUUUGAUUUCUAUUGACAAUUGGAAUAAAAGGUGGCAGGCCAUCUACUGUAAAACUGGCAUUGAAGAAUUGAAACCACUAGGAUCAGAACCUUUGCCCUGUUCAAAAGAAGCAUUUGAAUUUUUAACCAAAUGCGCAAAGGUAUACACAAAGAGGCUAUUAUGGUUUACAGUCCUCCAAGAUAUGGAGAAAUUGAGUGUUUCCAAAAGAUCUAUUUUCCCUGACGAGGGACCGGUCAAAGAUGAAGAUUUAGUAUUACACGCUAGUGAUGAACAAUUACCACAUGUAGUGACACAAUCAAGUGUCUUGAAAGCCCUCAAUACACUUAAACAAGAGGGCUUUCAUACUCCAACUAUUCCAGAAACCAUACUAAGAACACUGGAAAAUUUUGAAGUUGAACCCAAGCCGGAAGGUAAACUAUUCAGAAAUCACCAGGUAACUAUGUCGCUCUUACCAUCACUUCUACAACAGGGGACGUUAGACUCUGUGCCUUUCCAUUUGACGAAUUCUGAACCACCAUUGAACAGUGAGCCAGAACCAAAUAUGAUCCAUAAGAAGCUUUACACGAUCCACCACGGGAAAAGAAGAAGAAUAGAUAACUCUUUUGUGCAAGAUGAUCCGUUCGAUUCUAUCGACAACCCACUAGAGAUAGAUCUGUGCGAUUGGGAAGCCCAAUCCCUCGAGGCAAGAGACCUGAGAUUAUCUAAAUUACACCAACAUAUGCUUUUAACAUACUACAGCCCUGCAAAUGAUUCAUCCCACAUACAACUUGAACCUGAAUCACCAGAUCAAGCUCGGGAGCCAUGUCCAGUUGAUAAGAUUCCAUCAACCCUAUUGAGCCUUUUUAUGCAUUCUAAUAGCUGA